AUGGGGAAAUCACAAAUAAAGACCCUCGAAUUAGCAAAAUCACUCAAUGGUCACCUGAAUUUGCUAAAUUAUCAUGAGGGACCCGGUCUCAAAUGGCAAAUAGCAAAUGUUGGUGAAAAGACGAAAUUGCCCCUCAGUCAAUCUGAUUCAUUAAUGAAGGCUGAGACAAACAAAGUGAUCGUGGAGAGCUUGGAGGAGAAGAUUGGUGGUGCACAUGGUAUGGAGGGAGUGAGCGGUGGAGUUGAUCAUGGAAUAAUACUGUUGCCACUGAUCUCUGUUAGGAAUAUCACGAAUGGGAGAGUGGGGAGGGGAAAUGGAAGGAGAAACAGUGAAGGUGAAGUUAAAUACGGGGGAGGGAGUGUGAGAGCAAGCAGCAUAAAAGAAGGGAUAACACUGGAGGAAUUAAGAGGAACAAUAUCACAGUUGGUACACAAUGAUGCUAAAGGGUGCGAAAUUAAGUACACGGUUAAGUUUGCUGAGGGCACACUGGUUGAUCUUUAUGAUGAAGGUGAUAUUUGCAAUAUGUUUAGAUAUAACGAUAGCAGUGCUCAUUUGUAUGUAGCAGCGAAAGGGAACCAGAAGGAAGGUGGAGCAGUGAAUGAUGGAGAAAUGGGUGAGAAUUUGUUUGGGCUGUCGGGAGAAAUGACUGAAGGUGUGGUGAACCUUGGUGAUAACUAUGAACCACUCAUUGUUGACUAUGGUGCUGAAUGCCUAACGUAUGAAGGAGGGGGUUUAAGUCAGACAAACUUCAGUGACGGUUCAGGGAGUGAAGGGACAUUGAGGGGUAAUUUGAAUUGCAUGAAAUGGGUUGGAGUUUUUGCAGGGGUGGGGCAAUAUAUUCCACAUGCCCAAGCUUUUAGGGAGGCUGUGUACAGGUUUAGUAUUGCACAGAAGUUUGCAACGACAUAUGUGAGAAACAGUAGGGAGAAGAUGAAUGUGAGGUGUAAAGUGGAAGGGUGUCCAUGGAAGAUUUGUGCAAAUGCUGUUGGGAGGGAUACUCUUUUAUUACGCGUGACCACAUUCGUUAAUGAACACAUUCAUUCAGCGCAAGAUAACCUAGAUGUCACUUUUGCUGGCAAUGCUGCGUUGACGUCAUCAAUAAUACUUGAGGAGAUAAGGAACCACACCGAAAAGCGUCCUACUGAAAUAAGGAAGACACUGGAAAGGGAAUAUGGUGUGAGGCUAACAUAUGCUCAAGCUUACAGAGCAAAGGAAAAGGCCAUGGAACACAUACAUGGGAAACCGGAAGAAUCCUAUAUGUUCAUACCAUGGAUAUGCCAAAGAUUAAAGGAAACUGAUGAUAAAACAGUUGCUGAAUGGGCUUCCAUUGGUAAUACAUUUGAGCGGGUUUUCAUUGCAUAUGGUUCGUGUAUUGAGGGUUUUUUGAGUGGUGCAAGGGCUAUAUUAUAUGUUGAUGGAACUCAUUUAAGUGGUCCAUAUAAGGGGACACUACUCUCAGCGUCGGGAUAUGAUGCAGAUAAUGACUUGUUGCCUUUUGCAAUAGCAGUGGUGAAAUCAGAGAACCUUGAUGACUGGACUUGGUUUCUGUUCAAAAUCAAAGAAAUUGUUGGUUCGGUGCAGGUGACAAUUGUGUCAGACCGACACAAUGCCAUAAUAGGAGCUGUCCAAGCAAUAUUUGGAGGUGAAAGACAUGCGUAUUGUUAUAGGCAUGUGAAGGAAAACUUCAGCGCUGAACAAGUAAAGUAA